CUGUAGUUUAGAAUUGAGACUUACCGCUAACUGUAAACACCAUUCAUAUCUCUAUCCGGUGAUUACUACUAAAUACAUUAUGAUGUAUAUGCUAACUAUGUGAUAGGUAAUGACGGAAUAAAAAAAAGUUUUAUAGUCAUCAGUUGUGCUGUUUUACAAAGUCAGUCGGGCUGCGGUAUAUACACCACAAAGUCCUUAAGAAUGGUAGAAAAGCACCGAUUGCGUCACAGGCAAGUAUACACGCGUGUCUGCCGGUAAGCUGCGUGUUUGGAAUAUGUGUGUAUCAGACGUACCAAGGUGGACGACAAACCUACUUCCAAUAUACAAAACUUGUAAGUUGUAAAUUCGUUGGUACAUAUUUUACUGUAGCACGCAGACUGGUCCUACACACUCAUGCUGAUUUUGAGGUGAAUUUAACCUUAAUUGCAGUUUCAAGAAGUUGGGUUUAUUAAGAUUUAACUACCGCCAGUGUAAGACAUGUAAAUAAGGAAGUCCGUUCGUCGGUGCAUGUGAACUCUAUACCGAAGUCGCAAUGGCAAGAUUUUCCACCAUCAAACAAGCUCUUGUUAAGGGUAAGAUGCCUUAUGUCGACGAUGACUUGCUGUGGUGUCCUGAUGCUGAUGGCAAAAUGGUGGAUCUUUCCUGUCUCGACAGCGGACCUAACAUCAUUGUCCAACAACAGUCCGAUGUUCUCCAGGAACUGUCACAUACAGACUUACAUGUCCUAGUUCCCGAACUUGAAGAAGAGGAAGAAAUUAUGCGACAAUUCUCAGCUUCAGAUUUUGAACUUGAUGGUAUCUUCGCAGAUAUCGAAACGAAAGUAGAAAACAGUGGUAUCCUUAAUCAGCUGUUAACGUCCCAACCUCACCUAGAAGAGAUUCAGAGUUCCACACGUAAAAGGAAGAGAAGAAAAUGUGUCGAAGACUGUGGUGCAAGCUGCAGUCGAAUUACUCCUGCGUCGGAAGAAAACCUCCCUGUUCUGACAGCGUCAUCUUGUUUUAACUCUUCUUUGACGUCCAUUGAAGAAUUUGGACUCACCAAUUCAUUAACAGAUGUUUCUAGUAUCCCACUUUCGUCUUCUGUAGCAGCUGUGAAUAGUAACUCCUCCUCUAUUUUAACCUCAGCACUUCAAUCUUCAGGACUUCUUACCUCACCUGAAAACUCUUAUUCCCUCUUAACAGAGACAACUGAAUCACCGGGACCAUCUAAUGGGGCGUCGUCACAAGUAACCCCUUCUUUGCUGACGACUGUCCUUCAGUCCUCAGGUUUACUAAACACCAAUCUUCCAAAUCACACAGUCUCCACUGGUACUUUGGCCUGUCCACUUGUUUGUAAAGUUAGAGGUACCGUAACCUCUUCCGCAAGGUCAGUUUCCCAGGUAACCAACUUUCUUCUUCACCCUAUAGAAACUAAUCCAGCGCCUGACACUACGACGACACGUGGAGUUAAUCGUCUUUCUUCCAUCACCGGAGUAAGCAACGUCAAUGUGAAUGGAUGCGAAGAUGCUCGACUGAACCCUGGAGGUCGUGAGGUGACCAAAAACACGCUUCAGCCGAAGAAAUCCCCAGGCCAUCACAAUCAGGCCAAGACACUACUUCAAAAUAUUUUACAGCAACCUCCUCAGCAUCUCCCAUUCUCCAUGGUCGCAUUGUCUCACCAUCCAGCUCUCUCCUGCAGCAGUACAACGGGCUCCUUACCUCCAAGUCCAGCUGAUAGUGGAGUGUCAGACGUGGACAGUAGUAGUGGUCACUUGAGUAACGACGAAUCAAAACCUAGACUCAGGAGCGCACCAGCAGCAUCAAGAACCCCAGAUUCACCUACAUUUAAAGGCCAGUUUUAUUUUGAGUCCUAUCCCCAGGUGGCGCUGUCAUCACACCAGUCCCACCACAUCUAUUCACAAAAAACCUUUCCUGUUAUUACUCCCUUCUCUUCAGAGGGCCAUUACAAAACCUUACAAGCUCAGAACUUCGAGGAAUCUCUGAGUUUGCAGAAGCCCCAUAGUACCAACAGCAUUCCUCAAGACAGUCGGGGUUCUUCCAUUUCAAUCCCACAAACCCACACUUUUUCUUCCCAACAUCGGCCUGCACCUUCAGUUAAUGCAGGCCAUCCUCACGUGUCAAGCACCAGUCACUUAAAUUCCCCACACUCUUUGGGUCUGUCCUUACAUCAACAUCCUCAACUAUCUUCCAGUAACAUUCCUUUAGCUUUAUCAAGGCCAUCUUCAUUUUCGUCAACAUCACCUUCCUCUUCUGGACUUCAGUCUCCUAGUGAAAAACCUUCAGCUAUUCCAACUUCCGUUAUCACUGCGGCUCAUAGCAGCAGUAACCUUGGAAACGAUCCAGAUCCGUCCUUCUAUGUUGAAGAUCUCUCUUUCCAACCUCGAUCAAGAAAGAAAGGUCGAAAACCGAAAAAUUCUGAAGGUGGCGCAACAUCUGUGAAAAGAAAGAGCAGGGAAGGUUCGACUACAUAUUUGUGGGAGUUCUUACUUAAACUUUUACAAGACAAGGAGUACUGUCCACGGUAUAUUAAAUGGACUAAUCGAGAAAAGGGAAUCUUUAAACUGGUCGACUCAAAAGCUGUUUCUAAGUUGUGGGGUGUACAUAAAAACAAACCAGACAUGAACUACGAGACUAUGGGCCGGGCUUUGAGAUAUUACUAUCAAAGAGGUAUCUUGGCGAAAGUAGACGGCCAGAGGUUGGUGUACCAGUUUGUUGAUGUUCCAGAAGAUAUUGUAGAGAUUGACUGUUCAGGCACUGGAAGUAACUGAUAGUUGUUUUAAGAAGCAACAGUGUCGUAGCAAUGUCUGGGAACUUCUGUUACACAACUGCUUGUUUUGUUAAAACAGUGCAGGAUAUCUUUAUGGUAACAACCCAGAGAAAUGAUUCUUUCUUGGCCAGAUGAACUCCAGAAAGUUAAGAAAAGGCGGUCCUUGCACAGAAACUUUUUACUGUGAUUGUUCUUUGAAGAAUUAAAGAAAGGACUCAUUCCAGAUAUUCUCAAGCAAUGCUUACAGAUGAAGAAAUAUUACACUUGUACCAGAUACUAUUUUUUUUAUAUCAGGGAUACUUAAUCUUCAUCAUUAAUCCACAGAUAUUCCAAACAAACUUAUUUAUUUUUUCUUUGAGCAAAAUCGUAGGAAUUGCAACUGUUAUAGUAAACAUGACGACAUCGCAUAAGAAGAAUUAGAUGUUGAAGAAAAACGUGUACAAGGCAUGACGAUGUAUUGUGUACAGUAUUCAGAGUAUUUGUGUUUGUUUUGACACGUAUGGAACAUACGUUUCUGAAUUUGUCUCCGAUUCUACCACCAGGAAGCGGACUUUUUUUUUUUUCAAAAUGAAAUUCAUAGUCAGUAAUCGUGUUUAGGUCUCUAAGUAAUCUGAACUGAAAUCGUCAACUACUGAAACUGUGGUGAUAAAGAAAAAAGUUAUUGUUGGGUAUUUCAUUUCUGAAAAAAACUGAAAUGUGUAUAAAAGGGUGUUCUUAUACUGUUUUACCGUAAAUAGUUUUGCCAUAAAAGCGAUAUAAUUUCUCCAAAUACGUUUUGUGUAAUAAGUAUUUGUGUUAAGAACUGUUAGAAUAUAUAUAUAUAUAUAAACACGCAACAUAUAGCUACACAUUUAAAUGUACAUGCCUUUUCAGAAAGAAACGUGACGACUAAUAUUAGCACUUCUUUUAGAUUUAUGGUAAAAUGUUUCUGCGCAUGUUCAUGAAAGAAUCUUCCUUUCAACUUUUUUGUUGCAUACUCUUGUGUCUAUGUUACUGCGAUAUAGAAAAUUAUUUCAAGGAAGUGGAGUUAAACUAAUUACAAAGUAAAUAUAAAAACAUAACAAUAUAUGAACAAACAUAAUGCGUUGAUUUAAACUUGAUAACUGUGCCUUAACUGAAUUUCUCUAUCUCACUAUUUUUUUAUUUUAUUUUUUUACAGACAACCAUCUGAAGCUAUUUAAAAUGUAUUUAAACAUUCCUAUAGGAUCUGGUUAUAUGUACAUAAAACAAGUGGCUACUUCCGGCUAGGCUAUUUGUUAUGAAUCUGUGUAAGAAAAGAAAACCUUUUCUUUGGGGGUUUUAUACAUGUACUCUGAUCAUUUCACCUAGUUUUGUAAAUAGUAUUAGGUUUA